AUGCGUCUAUCCUACUUUUUGAUCCUUGCAUUAUCUGGCACCGCCAGCCAUGCAAUCCCUCAUCAAUCCGGCCAGGAUACCCUCCGUUUUGGUACACCCGAAUCCGUAGGCCUUCUGUCAGCCCCCCUCCGCCAACUGGAGACCAACAUCACUGGCUAUCAACAGCCAGCCAACUAUGGAGCAUUCACGCACAAUGAGACAUACCCAAUCGAACCAUCGUCUGCGGUGAUCAUGGGUCAUGAACGAACGAUUGUCUCACUUUUUGCCAACGGAAAGAUGUUGCUGUAUGCCGAUGUCAAUGGCACCAAAUUGCCUCCGUCGCAGCAACUGCCUGCACGAACAGACACCAUCUAUGAUAUGGCCAGUCUAACCAAACUAUUUACCACCGUUGCAGCCCUGCGAGAGAUUGACGCUGGUAGACUCUCCUUGAACAGAACAGUGGCGUCCUACAUGCCAUCGUUUGCAGCAAAUAGGAAAGAGAACAUUACCGUCCUGAUGCUUCUGACGCAUACUUCUGGCUUUGCUCCAGAUCCAGAACCCCCGUUGUAUUCUCCGGUGUAUAAGACGGUCGAAGAGAGGACCGCUGCAAUACUGAAUCAGAGUCUGAGCAAUGCUCCCGGAUCCACUUAUCUCUACUCGGAUCUCAACUUCAUGUCCCUUGGUCUACUUCUGGAACACAUCACCCACAAAAGCCUCGAUGAAUUGAUUCGGGACUUCACCAACCCCCUCGGCAUGCAUGACACCUUCUUCAACCGGGGAAACAUCCAAGGCCCAGCAUUCCCCUUCUAUCCGCGCAUGGCAGCCGAGGAAUACCAGAUCGAGGUCCUGGGUCCAAUGGAGCCACAGCGCCCACAGCCAGUUCGUGGGACCGUCCACGACGAGAAUGCCUGGGCUCUGGAUGGCGUGUCCGGACAUGCAGGCCUGUUUUCGACGGUCGAGGAUACGGCUGUUUUCUGUCAGAUGAUUCUGAAUAACGGCACUUAUGGAGGCCAUCGUGUCCUGUCACCAAAGGUCGUAGAUCUCAUCUUUCAUAAUUUCAACGCGAGAUUCCCGGGAGAUGAGCACGGAUUGGGAUUCGAGCUGAAUCAGUACUACACGGCGGGCCCAAUGGCCAGUCUUCAGACUGCAAGCCAUACCGGCUUCACAGGGACCACUCUGGUGAUUGACAGGCCGUCAAACACCUUCUUCCUUCUUUUUGCUAAUCGCGUCCACCCCAGUCGAAACUGGUCUUCGAAUAACAUCGCUCGGGAAGCUCUGGGGUACUGGGUGGCCAAGUCCUUGGGGAGAGAUGUCUCCUUUCCGCCCCUUUGA